AUGGCCAACCCCACUCCCAAUGGGACCGGUGAGGUCCUCAACCCCGCCAAACACAAACUGGUAGAGCAGGUUGUGCGCACGCCUGGACGUCAGCCUUCGCCUCAGCCGACUAUGCUUGGUGUACCAGGCGCUGCUCAGUCCAAUCAGUCUCUGCACAAGAUUCUGUCGGAUCACAGCUCCGGCUAUGUUGCGCCGAAGUUUGAGGGCAAGAAGGCGCAGAUGGAGGAAGUCAUGGAUCUUAUAGAGGAGAAAGGCUUCCUGCCAACCGAAUUCAUCGCCUCCGAGACCGAGUGGUUCUACAACACGCUCGGCAUCGACGAUAUGUACUUCUCUACCGAGACAGUCGAAGCGGUCGCCAGCAACAUUCUCUCGCUGUACGCAGCCAAGCUGGCAGCUUUUGCCAGAGAUGACAAGAAGUUGGAAGUGAGGCUCGCAAAAGAGGCUAUAGACCACGCCAUGUACAUCGAUACCAGCAAGCCUGGUGUCAGUGUGCUGGACGGCCCAAGAUAUGAGCAAAGAAUUGACGAGAAGUACGUGAACGGCUCAACGAAUCCAUCGAGAAGCUACAGAGUCGAGUCCUUCCGGGCGACUAAUGCUCUGCCGGAAAACCCCGGCGAGACUCUGCGCUGCUAUUUCGUUUACCAGUGCAAGUUCCAGGACCCCAAUGUCAGCCUCGACGAGACAGACAUUGAAAAGAUUGGAGAAGCCACUUUCCUGGCGAAAGCCACUAAGCACACAAAAUCUAUCUACCAAGAGAUUAUCCAAUACGCGGUAGCUCGGAGUGGUCCGGUGAUCGAAAUGUUCGACAUGGAGGGUACUCGUGAGAAGAGACUGGUCAUUGCAUACCGCCAAGGUUCUGCAUUAGGCAUUUUCAGCGCUCUUUCUGACCUCUACCAUUACUAUGGAGUGACAAGCUCCCGAAAAUACGUCGAGCAGUUCGCGAAUGGCAUCACCGUCAUUUCGUUAUACCUCAAGCCCGCCACUUCAGACCUUGCCAAGUCUCGCCAUCCCCCCAUCGAGGCCUCUAUCCACCAGAUCAUCAAGGAAGUGUCUCUUCUCUUCUGUAUUCCGCAGAACAGGCUACAGACUCAAUUCGCCAGUGGCAAUUUGAGCUUGCAGGAAUCUAUUUACGCCCACUGCGUACAUAUAUUUGUUCAGCAGUUUCUCAAUCGCUUGGGCUCGGAGUAUACCUCGCUUGUGGCAGCCUUGAGAGACGACAGCAACACCAAUGCCGAACUUCUGUCGAAAAUCAAGAAGCGUCUCAGGACCGAGACCUUCACAGCCGAUUACAUCCUCGAGAUCAUCAACAAGUAUCCCGAAUUGAUUCGCUCGCUCUACCUCUCUUUCGCCUCGCACCACUACGUCCAAACUCGAGGUGAGAGUGAUGACUUCAUCCCGACGCUGAGUUACCUCCGAAUCAACGUCGAGCAAGUUCUUGAUGAUGAGACGUUAUCCCAAAACAUCUCCAAGACCGUUGCCAAUCAGCAUGACGAGAUGGUGAUGCAGUAUUUCCUGAUCUUCAAUCGUGCUGUUCUCAAGACCAACUUCUACACGCCGACCAAGGUCGCUCUAAGCUUUCGCUUGAAGCCAAGUGCCGAGUUCCUACCAGAGCAUGAGUAUCCUCAGCCGCUGUAUGGCAUGUUCCUGGUUAUAGGUUCUGAGUUCAGAGGCUUCCACCUGCGCUUCCGUGACAUUGCCCGAGGUGGCAUCCGUAUCGUCAAGUCGAGGAACAAGGAAUUCUGGGCUAUUAAUGCCCGUACGCAGUUCGAUGAGAACUACAACUUGGCCAACACACAGCAACGCAAGAACAAAGACAUUCCUGAGGGUGGGUCUAAAGGUGUCGUGCUGCUUGAUCACAAUCAUCAGGACAAGGCUCGUGUGUCCUUCGAGAAGUAUAUCGAUUCUAUCAUGGAUCUGCUGCUAAAGCCCACGUCGCCUGGCAUCAAGGAUCCCAUUGUUGACCUGCACGGCCAGGAGGAGAUUCUCUUCAUGGGUCCGGAUGAGAAUACUGCUGAUCUGGUCAACUGGGCCACAGAACAUGCCAGAAAUCGUGGUGCUCCUUGGUGGAAGUCGUUUUUCACCGGCAAGUCACCCAAGCUCGGUGGUAUUCCCCACGAUUCAUACGGCAUGACCACCCUCAGUGUUCGGGAGUAUGUCUCUGGCAUCUACCGUAAGCUGAAUCUUGACGAGUCGAAGAUCCGGAAACUCCAGACUGGUGGUCCUGACGGCGAUCUUGGAUCCAACGAGAUUCUUCUGGGCAGCGAGAAAUACACGGCUAUCGUCGACGGUGCCGGUGUGCUCGUUGACCCUCACGGUCUCAAUCAGGCAGAGCUAAGAAGAUUAGCCAGGGAGAGGGUGAUGAUCUCCAAUUACGACAUCUCGAAAUUGAGCCAGCAAGGCUAUCGCGUGCUUGUCGACGAAAACAACGUCACUCUUCCAAGUGGAGAGAAAGUCAACAACGGCAUGACUUUUCGAAAUACCUUCCACGCCCGUGGUAUGGAGGAGUACGAUACAUUCGUGCCUUGCGGUGGCCGUCCAGAAUCAAUCGACCUCAGCACAUGUAACAAGCUGAUCGUCGAUGGCAAGUGCAAGAUCCCGUACAUUGUCGAGGGUGCCAACCUUUUCAUCACCCAGGAUGCUAAACUCCGGCUCGAAAAAGCUGGCUGUAUCCUCUACAAGGAUGCAUCAGCGAAUAAGGGCGGUGUUACGUCGAGCUCUCUCGAAGUCCUCGCCAGCUUGAGCUUCGACGACCAGGGCUUCUUGCAGAACAUGUGUAUUGGCGCUGAUGGCUCAGUCCCUGACUUCUACAAGCAGUAUGUCAAGGAAGUUCAGUCGAUCAUUCAGCGCAACGCUCGUCUUGAGUUCGAGGCCAUUUGGCGAGAGCAUGAACUCACUGGCACGGCCCGGUCAAUUCUUUCCGAUCAAUUGUCUUUAGCCAUCACGAAGCUGGACGAAGAGCUGCAGAAUUUCGAGGAGCUGUGGAACAACUCUGCCCUAAGAUUGAAGGUGCUACAAGAAGCACUCCCCCAAACCCUCCAAAAGACGGUCGGCUUGGACAAGAUCAUUCAACGUGUGCCGGACAAGUAUCUCAGGGCCGUCUUUGGCAGCUAUCUGGCCAGCAGGUUUGUGUAUGAGUAUGGCGCAACGCCUAGUCAAUUUGCUUUCUUUGAUUUCAUGAGAAAGCGAAUGGGAAGUGCUUGA